AUGUUUAACCAGACAGAGGGUGUGAUCCAGACUUGGUUCGAUAUUUGGGACGUUCAAGGAACGAAGCGUGGAGAAAUCAUUGUCGCUAAACAAGGAUUUGCAGACGAUCCGUUCCAUUCUAAUGCCGACAGUCACUACUUGACGAUACUUAGCAACCCCUGGUUCGAAGAUGGCCAACAAACUAUCCAAACAUGGGACUUGGAACGGAUGGAGUUGACAUAUGAAUGCACCAUCUCCCAAGCAGACAUGGAUGAAGAUCAUUCCUGCCAUACAAAAAAUGGCAUUGUGUAUAUUUGUGACGGCUCAGGGAGAAUUUCUGAAUACUGGGCUGUUGAUGGCAGACCUAUUUCCAGGAAAAUGGCAGACAUGGAAUGGAACUCGGAUCGCUCGAGAAAGUUUUCAGAUGGUAGCAGGAUUGUAUGGGCCAAGUGGCUUACACUGUAUACGAAUGAGGGAGAUGUAGUGCAGCGCUUCAAGGUGAAGCAGGGAAAAGGGUACUGCCUUGAAGCUGGCAUACUUUUUGACAGAUUCAUCUUCAGCAUCUCUUGGCGCGAGAAGUCGAAACAUGCCACCCUGAUGGUUUAUUCGAAGACGGGAAAGAAAUUGACAUCGAGUCGUGUAGCUGUAAGAGGGCGCUGCUUGAGGUGGUUCAUUGACAUUGCGGGACGCCUGGUUUUAAUCUGGGACACAUGUACAUGCAUGGAAAUUGUAGACUUCCGUGGACUUCUGCAACGAAGAAGAGACAGCCAGAGAUAUUCAUAUGUCGAGAGUUAUGAGAAUUAG